AUGACCCUGGGACAGGACCGAGAGAUCAGGAUAUGCCUGCCGUCCGAUGCCACCGUUGCGCACCUGGCAGAGAAGGUUCUAGAGCACGAGGACGCGUCUCUGAAUACAAUGAUAAGGCUGAUUUACGGUGGACAGCUCCUCCUUCCUGCAAGGUCAGUCAGGUCGUACAACAUCCGAGGGGUAGUGCAUGCCGUGAUGUCCGAGGCACCAGCUUCGAUGAUGGCAGGGCGGCCGCAAGAUGGUGCAGCUGCGCAGCAGCAGCAGCCUCACGCAGUUAGCGGACAGAGCAGGCCACAGAGUUCACUGGGGGAGGAGAUCCAGGGGGAGCUGCUAAAUCAGCUGAUGAUCAAAGUCCCUCCCGGGCUCCUUCUGUUGCUGGGUUGGCUUGCCUUCAUCCAGACCAACGGCGAACUUUUCUCUCGCUUCUCCACUCUUGUCUUGUUGUUCCUGACCGCCGAGUACCUUCACUUCGUCUUCCCUCACUUCCUGUUUUCUCGCUCCGAGUCCUCGUCAAGAAGGACAAGAAGCCAAGGCAACGGGGCUCAGCUCAUGGAGAGCUCUCAUGGGUCAGUCGGGGGGUCCUCGGGCUCUUUCCCAGUAAUCUCAUGGCUGGCGCUCGGGGCAGUGUCGGUGGGAAUGUUCGCAGUGGUUUUACAGCUUCAGGCAUGA